CCAUUAACCCAAAAAGAACGCCAUCUCUUUGCCUCUGAUGACUGAUCACUCCCUUCGUCUUUCUCCAUUCCAAUCUCCCUCUCCCUCGCCUCUCUUUUUUUUCUACAAGAACACGACGAAGGGAAAGCCGCAAACCGUUCUUCAAUCUGCCUCCUCCCCUCUUCUGGUAAUGACGAGAAGGAAGAGAGGAAUAACAACGGCGCCGGUGAGACCGAUGGCGAAGAAUGUCAGAGGGAGAUGAAGAGGAGAUCGGAAACCGCCGGCGGCAGUGGCGAAGCUUCUUCGGCCACUGCGGUGGCGAGGCGAAGAGAGCUAGCGGAUUCAGAUAGUUUCGGAUGGCGAAUAGACAGGGGAGAAGAGGGCAACUGCCGGCCGCCCCGGAUUUCGCCGGCGGCGAAGAUGACAGCGAACCAAAGGGGACCUUUUUGUUUGGGUGAGAUUUGGUUUAUUUGCUGUUAACCA